GUUCAAAAUGUGUUUUUAUGGCGUGACGUCAUCAUGUGAGGCAUGACGUAAACAUUCUGCGCCGCGAAGCAGGGAUCGUAAUGGCGGUGGCUCAACCAAAGCAAGAGACAGAGAGCGACGAUUGCUCUUUGCUGCCUUUAGUUCAUGAUAUUAUCAAAUGCAUGGACAAGGACAGUCAGGAUGUCCACCAAGAACUGGCCAAGCUGAAGGCAAAGAUCCAGGAAGCUCGGGAGCAGAUAUCCAACAUGCCCGGGAUAGACAGCAGUCCGCUGGAGCAGCAGCAGCAGCUGGACACGCUGCGCGAGCAGGUCCGCACCAAGAACCAGCUGCUGCAGAAAUACAAAAGUCUGUGCAUGUUUGACGUGCCAAAAGCAUCAUGAAACUGAAGACUGGAUUAAUGCAUUGACUGGAGGAAGCUCACAGACCGUCGAGGUACGGGAAGGACUUCUUCUUCUUCGUCCUCAGCCAUGGAGCAGAUAAAUGUGGGAUUCAAGAAUACGGGAUGGACGUUUAAAUGAACAGUUGCAUCCUGUUUUAUACAGUCUACGGUUGCAUCGCAUUGCAAGAUGUUUCUGAACGUCACACAAUGUGUAUAAUUUUCUUAUCUUGUUUCCUAUUUCCUAUAUUCCUAUUUUGUAAUAAAAUGAAAUGAUUAAGAA